CCGGUCUGUCCAGUUGUCGACGGUAGACGCAGUGAGGCGGUCCUGACCAGGAUUCUAAAAAAAGAAGAAGUCGGUCUUUGUCAUUGCGUUAUUUUUUUAAAUUAUUUUAUUAGGGAUAUUAUCUUCUGUCUAAAACUAUGGCCUCCUCGGACGUUGCUCGGCAGCCGGAUAAAGGAGUCCGGCCCCUGUCCCUCGCCGGCCAUGUGGGCUUUGACAGCCUUCCAGAUCAGCUUGUCAACAAGUCCAUCUGCCAGGGCUUCUGCUUCAAUAUUCUCUGCAUUGGUGAGACCGGUAUUGGCAAGUCUACCCUGAUGGACACCCUAUUUAAUACCAACUUUGAGAACUUUGAGUCAUCCCACUUUGAACCUCAGGUGAAGCUGCGGGCUCAAACCUACGACCUUCAGGAGAGUAAUGUCAGGCUACGUCUCACUGUUGUCAACACUGUGGGCUUUGGAGACCAAAUGAACAAACAAGAGAGCUAUCAGCCGGUGGUGGAUUACAUCGACAGGCAGUUUGAGAGUUACCUGCAGGAGGAGUUGAAAAUCAAACGCUCCCUUCACAACUACCACGACUCGCGAGUCCAUGCCUGCCUUUACUUCAUCUCUCCCUCAGGUCAUUCACUGAAAUCCCUUGACCUUGUCACCAUGAAGAAACUAGACAGCAAGGUGAACAUCAUCCCCGUGAUCGCCAAAGCCGACACCAUCAGCAAGAGCGAACUGCACAAGUUCAAGAUCAAAAUCAUGAGUGAGCUGGUCAGCAACGGUGUCCAGAUCUACCAGUUCCCCCUGGAUGAUGAGACCGUAGCAAAGGUCAACACCACCAUGAAUGGUCAUUUGCCGUUUGCUGUAGUAGGCAGCACAGAGGAAGUCAGCGUUGGCAACAAGAUGGUGAAAGCUCGCCAGUAUCCAUGGGGUGUAGUGCAAGUGGAGAACGAGAAUCACUGUGACUUCGUGAAGCUGAGGGAGAUGCUGAUCUGUGUAAACAUGGAGGACCUGAGAGAGCAGACACACACUCGUCACUACGAGCUGUACAGACGCUGCAAACUGGAGGAGAUGGGAUUCAAAGACACCGACCCAGAAUGUAAACCUGUCAGUUUGCAGCAGACUUAUGAGGCCAAACGUCAGGAGUUCCUGGUGGAGCUGCAGAAGAGGGAGGAUGAGAUGAGGCAGAUGUUUGUGCAGAGGGUGAAGGAGAAGGAGGCCGAGCUGAAGGACGCUGAGAGAGAGCUUCAGGGCCGCUUUGAGCAACUGAAGCGCCUCCAUGCAGACGAGAAAGCGGCUCUGGAGGAAAAGAAGCGCCUUUUCGAAGACGACCAGAGCUCCUUCAGCAAGAGACGAGCUGCUGCUCAGCUCCUGCAGGCCCAGAGCCUCACCGCCAACGGCAAGAAGGACAAAGACCGCAAGAAUUCUGGCUUCAUGUGAAGACUGACAGCUCUGCCGUACGCUCCACUGUGACCAGUGUAACCAGUGACAUUCUCCUUUCCAACCCUUCAUGGCCAGUCUCCAGCACUAACCAGAAAACCCCUCACAAACCAGCAGUGUGAGCGCCAGCUUGCUUUGUGCCAAAGUUUAAUGACUGUACCCAAGAACCGUGUGUACACUUUCCUCAGAGUUAUUUUUAAUCUUCUUUGUAGGUUUUAUUCCUCUUUUUUGUAAUGGUUUUAUAUUUAUCCCUUCUUUUUUAUAUAAACUUUUAUUUUCCUCCUUUUUAAACUUUUGUCAGUCUGAAGGACACUUCAGUGGACCGGACCUCACACAGCCUCCUAGUUCACAGAUCAAAACACUUUGAUAGAUACAAACAUUGUGUCAGAGACUUCUUCUAUUUGACUGCCGUAUGUUUACUGUAUAAUAAGAGCACUCAAUGCUUUAACACACCAAACAAGACUGCUAUUCAUUUAUAUAAUUCUUGGCAUUUAUUCAAACCCCUUUCACACUUGAACUUUAUAAGAUGAGCUUGUUGGCAAUUUUAAAGGUUUGUUCCAGUGAUUAAAUAGUGAGAAAUUCCCACAUUUUAAACUACAUGUUGCAGGAGCAAUCUGACAACGAUGUGCCUAGGAAGGUUUUCAUCACAGCUCAAGUUAGAGUUGAGUGCUGGAUUAAUAGAGCAGCACAAAGUUACUCUUUUAUUUUCAGUUUACAGAGGAAAAAAAUAUAAAGGUUCAAUAAUCCAAAAUACAUCAGCUUAAUCAAUAAGACUGUGUUUCCUGUCAUUUCGUUGUGGAGCAAAAGCAGAACUGAAAGCCACAGUUUAAAUGUUUAAAAUGUUCAUCUGAAAAGGGCUCAAGUUGUAUCGAUAAUCAUUUCUGAUCGUUCAGAGGGAUCCAAUGCAUUUAUCAUUACAGGGCAUUAUAAUUCCUUAUUUUGUCUCAAACUUUUGUGCACCUUCUUGAUGUUGUAAAGGUUUUCUAUGAACGUAUCAGCAUUACAGUUGUUCCUGAACUUUUCACUUCUUCGCUGCUUUUUCACUUCCACAGUUUUCUAGGAGAACAAGGCUGAGACUUGGUUUGGGAUUUAGGUACAUGCCACAGCAUAUAUUUAUAUAUAUUUUGUUUUACUCGCUGCCUUAUUUUUCAUACUGACACAAACGGUUGACGUUUGCUAUCCUAUCCGUCUAAAAAAAAGAACAGCUGACUCAUGGUAUAAAAAAUGGAAUCGCAUCAAGUCGGUGUGUUUCUUGAGGGGGCAGAGAGAGGGGGAGCUUUUAUGACUGUAUUUUUGCGUAUUUCUCUUCAUUUUGCUCCGUUCUGUAAAACGUUACGGGGCAUGAGAUGCUGCGUCAUCACUGCUCCACAGUAAACCAGAACACUGUGGUGCCGCUUUCCAGUAAAGUGCGAUUUAUAAACCAACACUCACUCACAAUUACUGACACUUUAGUGCCUUACCUGUGUAGACACUAUCCACUUAUUUCUAGAUCCAGGGAAACACACCGAUGCCUACUGGAGAAAGACACAUUUGUACUACACUUGUAUUUAAGGAAGAAACGGUGUUAUUUGGGUGCUUUUCCCCUUCUUUCUAAAUAAAUCUUUGUAUUUUUGUCAUGA